AAUUCCAAACACACGCUUAUUAUAGAUCAGAUCUGAAACAAAACACCGGUGAAAAAAGAAAAAAUCUAGAAAGAAAGAGAGAAUGCAGUUCUUUGGAGGAUCAGAAAUCAGUCCAUCACCGCCGGUGCCGACGGCGACCGGGAACAACGCCCACAGGAUGUACAUAUUCAAUCGAAACGGCGUGUGCUUGCUUUAUAGGGAGUGGAACCGCCCUCUCCAUACCCUCAACCCUCAACAAGAUCACAAGCUCAUGUUCGGUCUCCUUUUCUCUCUCAAAUCCCUAACUGCCAAAAUGGAUCCCACUAACGCUGAGAAGGGAAAUCUAGGGAUUCCUCAGUUUCCUGGUCAAGGGUGUUCCUUCCAUAGCUUCCGUACUAACACCUACAAACUUAGUUUCAUGGAAACUCCUUCGGGGAUUAAGUUCAUUUUGAUCACUAAUCCCAGAACUGGUGAUCUUCGUGAAACACUCAAGUAUAUUUAUAACUUGUAUGUUGAGUAUGUUGCCAAGAACGCACUCUAUACUCCGGGGACUCUUAUCAGAUGCGAGUUGUUUAAUACAGCUCUCGAUCAAUACGUGAGGAGCAUUGCAUAGCGUCCAAAACUGUUACCAGCUCUCUAGUCUGUGGUUCAGCAGACGUGUGUGAGAACAUUUGUUUUGUCACAUGUUGAAAGGUGAGGACGUGAGUUCAUGGAGGUUUUAUCCAUAUAUUAUGUAAUAUUAUGUCC